AAACUCAUGUUAGUCUACUUUUGGCUGUUACGCAGAUUGUUCGUAUCGUUCGUUCGUCAGCUCGUUCCGUUCGUUCCGUUCGUGCCUGUGCCUCUGCCUCUGUGUGUCAGUGCCAGCAGUGCCAGCGCCUCUGUCAGUGCCAGUGCCAGUGCCCGUAGUGCCCGCAGCGCUAGUGCCUGUCGUGCCGCUCGCCUCGCUCGAUUCGAUACCGUAUUCAGUGUGCCCGUACGGUACUUUCGCAUUGCAUUGGCUCGCUGCUUUCGCCUCUUUGCCUUUGGAUUCGCCUUCGCCAACGCCAACGCCAUCGCCAUCGCCAUCGCCAUCGUCUCUGACUCCAACUCCGAUUCCGACUCCAGCUCCAACUGUGACUGCAAGUCCGACUCCGACUACGACUCCAGCUUCGUCUCCGUCUCCGUCUUCGUCUUCGCCCAUCCUCGUCUACGGCGGCGGCGGUGACUGUAACCUGGCAUAAGCAUAAACAAGCAGCAGCAGGCGCUAAGAUUCUCGAGCCAAACUGUUCCCGACUCUGGGAUUGCUCAACCGUUCAAUCGUUUAACCGUCGGCAAUGCGCACCAACAAAAAAGUGUAAAGCAAAUUCGCGCAAGUUUUUUCAAUACAAGUGUUUCACACCCACACACACACACACACACACA